GUCAAUUCUGGCCCGCGAUUGGUCAACCACGAUACAUUGUGCUGCGAGGAAAGAAGAACCAAUACAACGACAGCGAGUAGAAAGACUUCAGUAGCAGAGUUGGUGGAAUAUUGGCAGCACCGGAGCUGGUGCUGCUCUAGCACAAGCAGCCGAACUUUAAUCUUUUAGCAGUUUCUUUUUCUUUCAUUGUACCCUGGCAUGUAUCAGUGAACCUGGGUAUAAGGUCCCUCCAUAACUGCAAUACCACCAAUCCUCAUCGCGGCCUGUCACCAUGCGUUUCGGCAAGACCCUCGCGGACUCCAUCUACCCGCCAUGGAAGGACAAGUACCUCGACUACGAGAAGAUGAAGAAGCUCCUGCGGGAGGACGAAACCUCGCCGCAGGGCCGAGGAGGAGAGGGCAGCUGGACGGAACAAGACGAGGAGAACUUUGUCCAUGAACUCACAGUGGUUCAGUUGGAGAAGGUCAGCCAGCACCAGGCCAACACGUUCAAUGCCAUCCGCGAGCGAGCUGCCGCAUGCGAGGCUAAACUUCCCAUCAACGGAAAUGAGGACGGGAAAACCGAAGAGGAAUGGAAAGCAGUGGCCAAGGACAUGCUGAAAGAGUUGGACAGUAUCUCCAAGGAGCUGAAUGAGCUUAGGAAAUUCAGUCGCAUCAACUACACCGGCUUCUUGAAGGCGGCGAAGAAACAUGACCGGAAGAGGGGUUUGAAAUACAGAGUGCGGCCGAUAUUGCAGGUCCGCCUGUCUCAAACACCCUUCAACCAGGAGGACUAUUCGCCGUUGCUGUUCCGCCUGUCCGCCAUGUACUCUUGGGCCCGGCAGAAGCUUGGAGAGGAGGAUCCUUCCAAGGAAUCAACCUCCGAUGUUAAGCCAACUGAGACGUAUACCGCGCACAAGUACUGGGUACAUGUCGACAAUCUCCUCGAGGUCAAGACGUAUAUCCUACGUCGUCUCCCGGUUCUGGUCUACAACCCGCAGUCAAUGAAGGAGCUUGACGCCUCACAGAGGGAUCCGAGCAUGACCUCCAUCUAUUUUGACAACCACAACUUUGACCUGUAUCAGAGCAAGAUUGACAAGAGUACGCCCGGCAGCUCCCUGCGCCUGAGGUGGACUGGUCAGCUCCAAGAUAAGCCCGAGAUCGUUCUGGAGAAGAAGACAGUCGGAGAGGGAAUUGAGAGCAAAGAAAUCAGAGUUCCAAUCAAGGAGAAAUACAUCCGGCCAUUCCUCAAGGGUGAAUACAAGAUGGAGAAGCAGAUUCAGAAGCUGGAAGACCGUCUUGGCGCGGAUUCGGAAGAAGUCAAGAGUUUCAAGGCCAACGUUGAGGAAAUACAAUCCUUCGUUCGAGAAAAGGAGUUGGAGCCAGUGCUGCGAGCAAGCUACACACGCACUGCCUUCCAGAUCCCUGGCGAUGACAGGAUCAGAAUCUCAUUGGACACGGACCUUGCUUUUAUCCGCGAGGACGCCAUGGACCCGGACCGCCCAUGUCGUGACCCGGAAGAUUGGCACCGUUCUGACAUCGACCAGAAUCGGAUGGAAUACCCCUUCUCUUCGAUCAAGAAGGGCGAGAUCAGCCGAUUCCAGCAUGCUGUGCUCGAGAUCAAGGUCAAGGAUACCAAGUAUACUAGAAAUAAUACUUGGCUCCAUGACUUGAUGAACUCGCACCUCGUCAAGGAGGAGAAGCGAUUCUCCAAGUUCGUCCAUGGCGUCGCCGAGCUCUUCGAGGAUUACGUCAACAUUUUCCCGUUCUGGUUGAGCGACCUGGAAACAGACAUCCGAAGAGACCCCGUAACGGCCUACCAUGAAGAGCAGGAGAGGGAAGCCAAGCAAGUGGAAGAUGAAAUGGUGGUAGGAAGCCUGCUUGGGACCUCACGACUGUCUUCCUCCAGAGGCAAGUUCGGCUCUCCCAGCAAGUACCCAGAGCGAAGGUUGUCCGGUCAGAUCUCCCAAUCGGCCCCAACAUCACGACUCAGCAGGCAAGUGGAUCAACUUGAGCGUACGACCGAAGAGCAGGAACAUGAUGAUGGUGGCGUGCAGGCCGACACGGAAAUAACAAUCAGGGAUUCUACAAACAAGGGACUGCGAGCCUUGCUUCCUGCAUUCUCCAACUCUCGUUACGCCCGUCGUCAGCGUCGUCGUGGCGCCGCCUGGGAAGAUGCUCCCCUGCCUCCUGGCGUCAAGGAUCCCGGUGUCUGGAUCAAGGACAGAGGAGACCUCAAGGUCGAAGGCAAGGUGUGGCUUGCCAACCAGAGAACUUUCAUCAAAUGGCAGCACAUCGCAGUCCUGCUCGCGACACUGUCACUCGGUCUCUACAAUGCUGCAGGCGUCAAUAACAACGUCGCCCGCAUUCUGUCUCUCGUGUACACGGGCUUCGCCAUUUUCGCCGGCGUCUGGGGAUGGGCCAUCUACAUGUGGCGAAGCAAGUUGAUUACCGAAAGGAGUGGAAAGGACUUUGACAAUGUCUUCGGACCCUUCCUCGUCUCGAUCGGAUUGGCGUGUGCAUUGAUCCUCAACUUUGUCUUCAAGUAUAAUGCCGUUGCUGCAGGGACGGAGCGGAACAAUGCCACCGCUACCUUGUUGGAGCCUUUGGUCAAAAUGACGCCCGAGGGUGCUGCGUGGGGAAACCUCUUGACCCAGGAGUUGUAAAUCAUCACACAAGGACAAGGAAGUGGAGGACGUGUUUAAGUUUGAUCAAGCCGUUGUCGAAGCCUUGGAUUGAGUUGCAGUCGAAACCGAAUUGAGUCAAACGAGAGGAUCCGCUGUUGAGUGGUGUGUGGCCUAUAAAUAACUAAUCCAGAACUUUAAGUAGAUGACUACUAGUAAUAUGAACAAAUCCAUCGAUUGAAACGUAUGUACUGUACCAAUUGAUCCAUACCUUACCUCAUAAAAGCCACAUACAUACAACUUAAACGCUAUCAAGAUCAGUCCAUUGGAUUCCCGUGCAGCCCUCUGAGAGUUUGAGCCGGAGAAUAGAGCACCAUGCACAGCCCGAGUACAUACAAUACUACUCGUAUAGGGUGGUGUAGCAUGGAAAGGAAGGGACGCACGCGUGAUUCGAACAAAGCAUGCAGUGGUAUUGUAUAUAUGAUAUUAUAUUGCUGAUACUGAAUGUUAAUUCCACCACGUACUUACUGAGUGCUCAGCUUGGUACUACCAGUAGUGCCUUACUACGGUUUUGGCUCCCUAGGUACAGUACGGGUAUUGUAUGAGCAGAAAAGAAAGAAGCAGAGACGUAACAGUGGCUGCCUAACUACUAGUAGGAG